AUGUUCCGUAAGAAAAAGAAGAAACGCCCUGAGAUUUCCGCCCCACAGAACUUCCAGCACCGUGUCCACACCUCCUUCGACCCCAAAGAGGGCAAGUUUGUGGGGCUCCCCCCACAAUGGCAGAACAUUCUGGACACACUGCGGCGACCCAAGCCUGUGGUGGACCCUUCACGCAUCACACGGGUGCAGCUACAGCCCAUGAAGACAGUGGUACGGGGCAGCUCAGUGCCCACAGACGGCUACAUCUUGGGGCUGCUCAAUGACAUCCAGAAGUUGUCGGUCAUCAGCUCCAACACCUUGCGUGGCCACAGCCCUACCAGCCGGCGGCGGGCACAGUCCCUGGGGCUGCUGGGGGAUGAGCACUGGGCCACUGACCCGGACAUGUACCUACAGAGCCCUCAGUCUGAGCGCACUGACCCCCAUGGCCUCUACCUCAGCUGUAACGGGGGCGGCCCAGCAGGCCGCAGGCAGAUACCAUGGCCCGAGCCGCAGAGCCCACGGGUCCUGACCAAUGGGCUGGCUGCGAAGGCACAGUCCCUGGGCCCCACCGAGUUCCAGGGUGCCACGCAACGAUGCCUGCAGCUGGGCGCCUGCCUGCAGAGUUCCCCACCAGGCACCUCGCCCCCCACAGCCACUGGUAGGCGUGGGACCAAAACUGCCAGGCAUGAUUCCGAGGAGCCCCGGCCACAGUCCUGCCUGGUGGGCUCAGGAAUUGGCAGGCCCAGCGGGGAGGGCAGCCCCAGCCCCAAGACCCAGGAGAGCAGCCUUAAGCGCAGGCUAUUCCGCAGCAUGUUCCUGUUCACUCCUGCUACGGCCACAGCCCCUCCGAGCAGCAGCAAGCCAGGCCCUCCAACACAGACCAAGUCCAACUCCUCUUUCCGCCCACCACAGAAAGACUGCCCCCCGAGCCUGGUAGCUAAGGCCCAGUCCUUGCCCGCGGACCAGCCUGCAGGGAACUUAAGCCCUCUGACCACCUUGGAUACCAGCAGCCCCCAGAAGUCCCUGCGCACAGGCCCAGCCGCUGGCCCGCCUCCAGGUCGGUCUUCCCCAGCAGGCUCCCCCCGCACCCGGCAUGCCCAGAUCAGCACCAGCAAUCUGUACCUGCCCCAGGACCCCGCAGUGGCCAAGGGUGCUCUGGCCAGUGAGGACACAGGCGUCGUGACGCACGAGCAGUUUAAGGCUGCACUCAGGAUGGUGGUGGACCAAGGUGACCCCCGACUGCUGCUGGACAGCUACGUGAAGAUUGGCGAGGGCUCCACGGGCAUCGUCUGCCUGGCCCGGGAAAAGCACUCAGGCCGCCAGGUGGCCGUCAAGAUGAUGGACCUCAGGAAGCAGCAGCGCCGGGAGCUGCUCUUUAAUGAGGUGGUGAUCAUGCGGGACUACCAGCACCUCAACGUGGUGGAGAUGUACAAGAGCUACCUGGUGGGCGAAGAGCUGUGGGUGCUUAUGGAGUUCCUACAGGGUGGGGCCCUCACGGACAUUGUCUCCCAAGUCAGGCUGAAUGAGGAGCAGAUCGCCACCGUGUGUGAGGCUGUGCUGCAGGCCCUGGCUUACCUGCAUGCCCAGGGCGUCAUCCACCGGGACAUCAAGAGUGACUCCAUCCUGCUCACCCUCGACGGCAGGGUGAAGCUCUCAGACUUUGGAUUCUGUGCUCAGAUCAGCAAAGAUGUCCCUAAGAGGAAGUCCUUGGUGGGAACCCCCUACUGGAUGGCUCCUGAAGUGAUCUCCAGGUCUCUUUAUGCUACUGAGGUGGAUAUCUGGUCUCUGGGCAUCAUGGUGAUUGAGAUGGUGGAUGGAGAGCCACCCUACUUCAGUGACUCCCCAGUGCAAGCCAUGAAGAGGCUCCGGGACAGCCCCCCACCCAGACUGAAAAAUUCUCAUAAGGUCUCCCCAGUGUUACGAGACUUCCUGGAGCGUAUGCUGGUACGGGACCCCCAGGAGAGAGCCACAGCCCAGGAGCUCCUGGACCACCCCUUCCUGCUGCAGACAGGGCUGCCUGAGUGCCUGGUGCCCCUGAUCCAUCUCUACCGCAAGCAGACCUCCACCUGCUGA